AUGUCGGCCGCAGACCAGGUUCAAUUGACCAAUUUCUCGAAUAUCUUCUCCCUCGAGGGGAAGGUAGCUGUCGUGACUGGCGGUUCACGCGGGUUGGGACUUCAUGCUGCCUCGGGUCUCCUACAAGCUGGUUGCUCCAAGGUGUAUAUCACCUCCCGAAAGAAGGAUGCCUGCGACGAAGCUGUCGCGGCGCUUAACGCGUUGCCUUCCAAGCGACCCGGAGCUCAGGCCAUCUCUGUUCCAGCCGAUAGUUCCCGCAUGGAAGAUCUCGAUAGGCUGGUUGCAGAAAUUAGCAAAACAACAGAUCAUGUCGAUAUCCUAUUCGCCAAUGCGGGUGCAACCUGGGGUGAGAAGUUCGAUACCCACCCGGAAAAGAUGUUCUCCAAGGUGAUGGAUUUGAAUGUCAAGAGCAUCUUCUACACAAUCCAAAAACUUGCUCCGCUCCUCGAAGCAAAGGCAACGCUCGAGGAUCCCGCUCGCGUGAUUGUCACCGCUUCCGUGGCGGGUAUUGGCAUUGGAACUGUUGGAGAGAACGCCACGCCAAGUUAUUCCGCCUCCAAGGCUGCUGCCAUUCACCUGGCAAAAAACCUGGCUGUUGAGCUAGGCCCUCGGCAUAUCCUGACCAACGCCAUUGCGCCGGGUUUCUUCCCCUCGAAGAUGGCCAGUGGCUUGAUCGAGCUCAAGGGUGGGCUAGAGCAGCUGCAAGAGUACUCACCUAACGGCCGUUUAGGUCGUCCCGAGGAUAUUGCAGGGCUGGUCGUGUUUUUGUCUUCGCGUGCUUCAAGUCAUUUGAACGGGGCCGUUAUUGCAACCGACGGCGGUGCAGUCCUCAAAGGUAGACUUUAG